AUGGGUGCUAUUAUCUCUCUUCCAGUUUCCAUGGCGGGAACUUUCGCUGCAUCCUGCCUUGGUGGCUGUUGUUCUAAUGCAAUUACAAAAUCAGUAUCAUCUCUCGGGUCAUCUUCAUUAGGUACAAGAUUAUUAUAUGCUAUGUGGUUGUUAAUAAAUUCAAUAAUAUCAUGGAUAUCAAUGUCUGCUAAUAAAUCAAUAUUAUGGCCAGGAAAGACAUGUACAAAGACAGGUGAAUGUGGGUUUUUCACUGUCCAUAGAUUGAAUUUUGCAUUGGGUUUAAUGCAUUUGUUAUUAGCAUCCGUAUUAACAAACGUUAAAUCCACAAAGGAUCCAAGAGCAGUUUUACAAAAUUCAUGGUGGACUUUGAAAUUCAUAUUUUAUCUUUUAUUUAUCGUUAUCUCCUUUUUAUUACCAAACAACUUCUAUGUGACUUUUUCUAAAUGGGUUUCAGUACCUGCAGGUGCCGUUUUCAUCCUUGUUGGUUUAAUUUUAUUAGUUGAUUUUGCUUAUGAAUGGGCUGAAACUUGUAUAUACCAUGUGGAAAUGGAGGACGAAAAUUCCUCAUUUUGGAAGAAAAUUUUAAUUAUUGGGACAACUGUAAUGUAUGCAGGUUCAUUAGCCAUGCUAAUAGUUAUGUUAGUUUUGUUUACACAUUCAGGUUGUAAUAUGAAUAUCGCAGCCGUAUCAGUAAAUGUUAUUUUAACGUUAGUGAUAACGUCUCUUUCGGUACACCCAGAAGUGCAAAGAGCAAAUCCAAAAUGUGGAUUGGCUCAAAGUAGUAUGGUAUCCAUAUAUUGUACGUAUUUAACAAUGAGUGCAAUGGUAUCUGAGCCUGAUGAUAAGAUGUGUAAUCCGUUAGUUAGAUCGAGUGGGACACGUAACGCAAGUAUUGUCUUGGGUUCAAUUUUCACUUUUGUGGCAAUUGCGUAUACUACUACAAGAGCUGCUGCUAAUAGUGCUUUACAAGGCACCAAUGAUAACGGUCCAAUCUUUUUAGAAGAUGAUAUCGAAUAUACCGGGUUAGGUGGCCAGUCAAGAAACCAAUUAAGAUAUGACGCGAUUAGACAAGCUGUUGACGAAGGAUCAUUACCAGAAAGUGCUUUAUACGAUGCAACUUGGAUUGGAACCCCACACGGUAACACUGCAGAUGAUGUUCAUAAUGAUGAUGAAUUAUACGGCACAAAAUAUAAUUAUUCAUUAUUCCAUGUAAUAUUUUUCAUUGCUACUCAAUGGAUUGCAAUUCUAUUGACAAUAAAUGUAACUCAAGAUGAUGUAGGUGAUUUUAUUCCAGUAGGUAGAACUUAUUUCUAUUCUUGGGUGAAAAUUAUUAGUGCAUGGAUUUGUUAUUGUUUAUAUGGUUGGACUAUUGUUGCUCCAAUCAUGAUUCCUGACAGAUUCGAUUUUGACGGAGUUUAUUAA